AUGGAUUUAAGAAACUUAAUAUCGAGAAAUGACGACGAAGAUGCCGCAACGAAACUGCGGAUGGAAAAAGACAAUGCUGCAGACACUACACUUCUACCAAAAGUUGCUAUAACGUCAGAUUCCAUGAAAACUAAACUCCAGCCAAAGUUAUCUAUACACAAUUUGAUGAAUAAUGAUGAAGCAAGCAAAAAGCCAGCUAAACCGGAACUUGCUUCAAUUGUUACGAACAAAAAUGACUUGCCUAGGGUACCGGGAGCUGAAAUUAAGAAGAGAAGUAGUAUAACAACAAUAACUAACGAGGAAGAUGUUGAUAUGGAGGGUCAUAAGACGCCGAAUGUGGCCAGAAGACAAUCGAGUUCCACCUCUGUAACUCCAGGCGGAUCUGUAGACCUGGUGGAGGUGAAGAAGGAGAAGGAGAGAAUGUAUUUAGAUGGCGAAGCCAAACGGAAAUCGAAACCAAAACGCUCUUUUACCAUUGAAGAGGAAAUUCAGAACUUGAAGAAGCUGCAAGAAAAGGAAGCAGAGGAGAAGGUGCAUUAUAAACCCAGAAGAUACAGUGAAAAGCCAAGCUGGGCCAAAGAUUAUAUCCCCAAACUUUUUAAAGGUCUUCAUCAUAGUAUGCUCUCUCUUUCUAAUCCAACGAGGUUGACAGUUCCCUCGAUUACAGGAUCUAUUCCAAGAAACGAUUUCAAUAAAUUGGUUACAGAAUGGAUCUGGGCCAAUAUUCAGGGAGUUAAGCAGGACUUUGUCGAUAUUCCUCACAUGGAAAGCUUUUUAGAAUUGGAGUUGAAGGUCGGAACGAUCUGGGAUAAAGUCAAAGAUAGAAGGCUUCAACUACCAGUCAAUUCUGAAUGUAUUGUAGCACAAGAAUUUAUUCACCAGGAUUGCUUUUUCAAAAGUGGAAUAACGCCGAAGAACUUCGGCGAUAUCAAGAACUACUUUGAAAAGCUCUCUCAGGAUGCACAGUCGAGAAAAAAGAAGGAUAAAUUCAUUGUGGAAAGUUCGCAUAACGUUGAUCUUAUAGCACAAGAAAGAAAGCGAAACGAUAAACUUGUUACUGGAAGGGUGACGCUGGAUGUGAAAACCAAACGACGUGUGGCAAGCAUCGAAAAGCAAAGGGUUUCUGAUCUAUUUAUUUACCUGCCCAAUAGCCUGUUUGAUUUGAGGCUAUCCAUGUCUUUGGAAAUCCCGCGUGAAAUGAACGAUGCCGCGUUUGAGACUUUCAAGCACCGAGUGAGUAUGGAGAGAGAUAAAGAUAGAUCGAGUUACAUCCAUCCAGCAACGGCCACCAGGAUUGAUUUAACAAAGAUUAAAGAGAAUCAGGUUACAAAAUAUGAGUUGGAGCUAGAGAUCAACACUCCCGAGUUGCUGAGGAGCAUGAAUAUGGUGUCAGAUGAUCCUCUAUACUAUGUGGAUCUUAUUCAAGCAUUCUUAGAUAAUGGCCGCAUUGUUACUCGACAGUUAAAGUUGACCUACAUUACCAAUGAUCAUACUUCCAAGUCAUACGGGCUUCCGAAAUUCAAUUCUCCUUCUUCUGAUGGAAUAUUUCUUUCUGUGGUGAUCCCUUGCUACAACGAGAAGAACCGAUUGAGAAGCAUGCUUGUGGAGGCUCUAGAAUUUUUGAACGACACAUACCCAAAUAGAUAUGAGAUUCUUAUUAUAGAUGAUGGAUCGAAGGACGGGACUGCUGAAUAUGCGUUGAAGUUGGCAGACGAAUUCAAAGUGGAUCCACAUGUUAUGAGAGCGGUUCAGUUUGUGAAAAACAGAGGGAAGGGAGGUGCAGUGUGCCAUGGAAUGCAGGUGGCCCGUGGUGAGUACGUUAUCUUUGCAGAUGCGGAUGGUGCGUCGAAGUUUAGCGACACUAGGACAAUGAUUAGUGCCAUUCAGGAAUUGGAUGGAAUGGAACCAGAGAGGAAGGCAGCCAUUGCCGUAGGCUCAAGGGCUCAUAUGGUGAAUACGGAUGCUGUCGUGAAAAGAUCUUUCAUUAGAAACUUGCUAAUGUAUGGCCUUCAUACCUUGGUCUACCUAUUUGGUAUUAGAGACAUCAAGGACACACAAUGUGGGUUUAAACUAUUCAACAAGCUUUCUGUGAGAAAUAUAUGCCCGUAUAUGCACACGGAAGGAUGGAUCUUUGAUGUAGAGAUGAUGAUCUUGGCGGAGCGUCAGAGUAUUUCUUUGAAGGAGGUUCCCAUCAGCUGGCACGAAGUUCAAGGGUCUAAAAUGGCUCUCGCCAGAGAUUCCAUUAAUAUGGGUAUCGAUUUAGUGGUUACGAGAAUGGCUUACGUAUUGGGGAUUUAUGCAGACGGAAAUCAGAAGAAUAGGAAAGUUGAAUGA